AUGCGUUUAAAAGACCUCACACCAUCUGCGACUUUGUUUGCGACUCUCUUAGUCGCUCCACAAUUAUCCUCCGCUUUCUAUCUUCCUGGUGUUGCGCCAACAUCAUACGCACCUGGCGCAAAAGUUCCCUUAUACGUAAAUCGCCUCACACCAGUUGGUUCUUAUGAUGAUGGACAACUAAGAUCAGUGGUGUCCUUCGACUAUUAUCAUCCAGCCUUCCAUUUCUGUAGACCAGAUCCGAAACCUGAAUAUGUCUCGGAAAGUUUGGGCAGUAUCGUUUUCGGUGAUCGCAUAAUGACUUCGCCAUUCAACCUGAAGAUGGGAGUUAAUGAGACAUGUACACAACUUUGCGGAGAGAAGAAAUUUGAUCAAAGCUCGGCACAUUUUGUGAACAGAAGGAUACAACAAGGGUUUGCGCUGAACUGGUUGGUGGACGGUCUACCAGCAGGUCAAUUGAUUGAGGAUGAAAUCACCCAAACGAGGUUUUAUAGUCAAGGAUUUGCUUUGGGGAGUAGUGAUCAGAAGUAUAUGCAUUUGAACAAUCAUUACGAUAUCUUCAUCGACUACCACGAGGUUUCCGCCGGUCAAAGGAGAGUUGUUGGUGUUAUUGUUCAACCCUCAUCCAGGACGUUGAACGAGAAUGCAGGCGAUUCAGAGUGCGGUGCGGGUGGACCAAAAGUGGUACUGUCCGAGUCUGGAGAGACGGCUGUUACGUAUUCAUAUAGUGUAUGGUGGCAACCAUCAAAAACAGCUUGGGCGACCAGAUGGGAUAAGUACCUACAUGUUUUUGACCCCAAGAUUCAUUGGUUCUCUUUGAUCAACUCGGCUGUCAUUGUGGUAUUCCUCGUCAUCACAGUCCUCUCGAUCCUCAUGCGAACUCUGAGAAAAGAUAUUCAAAGAUACAACAGACUCGAUUCGAUCAACCUUGAUGAUUUGUCAGGAACAUCUGCCGUUGUUGAAGACGGAGUUCAGGAAGAUUCCGGAUGGAAGUUAGUACACGGAGAUGUAUUCCGUACACCAGGACGCCCAUUGAUUUUAAGUGUCUUCCUUGGAAACGGAGCACAGUUAUUUGUAAUGACUGGCUUUACCAUUGCCUUCGCACUGCUGGGAUUCCUUUCUCCCUCCAAUCGCGGAUCUCUUGGUACUAUUAUGAUCCUCCUAUACACUGUCCUUGGAUUCAUCGGCGGAUAUACCUCAGCCCGAGUUUACAAGUCUUUUGGUGGUGAACAAUGGAAGCUCAACAUUGCUUUGACGCCAACUCUCGUCCCAGGUAUCGUGUUCAGCACAUUCUUCCUCCUUAAUCUCUUUCUCUGGGCCAAAGAAUCCUCGGGAGCAGUACCAUUCACAACAAUGCUCGUCAUUGUCUCUAUCUGGUUCUUCUUUUCCCUGCCCCUAUCAUUUGCGGGAAGUUGGGUCGGGUUCCGCCAACCACCUAUCGCUUCUCCAGUCCGCACCAACCAAAUCCCACGUCAGAUCCCCCCCUCUACGUCCUACAUGCGCCCGAUUCCCUCGAUGCUUCUCGUAGGUAUCCUGCCCUUUGGGGCUAUCUUUGUCGAACUUUACUUCAUCAUGUCAUCCAUCUGGUUUUCUAAGGUUUACUACAUGUUUGGCUUCCUCUUUUUGUGCUACGGUCUCAUGAUUAUUACAUGCGCCGCAGUCACUGUUCUCAUGAUAUAUUUUUUGCUAUGCAGCGAGAAUUACCAUUGGCAUUGGAGAGCAUUCUUGACGGCUGGUGCAAGUGCUGGAUAUGUUUUCGCGAACGCUAUGAUUUACUGGGUAACGAAGCUGCAACUUGGUGGCUUGGCAGGGAGUGUACUUUACAUCGGGUAUAGUGCGCUGAUUUCGUUUUUGUUUUUCAUACUCACUGGUUCAAUCGGAUAUUUCGCUUGUUGGGCUUUCGUGCAAAAGAUUUAUGGAUCUAUCAAAAUUGAUUAG